ACAUCAUAAAAACACAAAAAUUUUCAGGAAUAAAAAAUGUCGAUUAAAAUUUAAUGUUAUCCAACCAAGUAGCGACAAUCAACCAUGUGAUUUACAGAAUAAUAUGCUGAGUGUGAAUAACUGUGAUGUUUAGGAGUUCUCUAAUCGUCGCAUUCCUUGGCAUACCUAACCCAAUAGUCGCAUUCUCCGGUCUCAAAACCUGGUCAAGAAAAACACUUUAUAAUAAAAUAGACCUUUGCACACAAUCCUGCUACAGCCAGAUCGUCCCUGGAUUAUACUUGAGCAAUGCCACUGCAGCAGCUGAUAGGAGUGUCUUGGAAAGACUCAACAUCACUCAUGUCCUUACAGUCGAAAAUCGUCGGUUACCGAAAGAAACUUUUGUGGAUUCCGAUAUUUGCACUCUUUUCAUCCGGGCCACUGACCAUCCUUCAACUAACCUCCUGUGCUACUUCCCAAUGGCCAAUGCUUUCAUCGAAGAAGGAAUCCAGAAAGGCAAUGUACUUGUCCAUUGUCAUUUCGGAGUGUCCAGAUCAGCCACGUUAGUCAUUGCCUAUAUUAUGCAGAAGUACAAAUUGAAUUAUGAUCAGGCUUUCAAUUUUGUGAGGCAAAGGAGAAAAUUUAUUAACCCUAAUCCAGGUUUUGUGAAUCAGCUCCGGGAGUUCCACAGGCUGAACUAUGAAGUCAGCGGUCUUCAUCGCUUGGAAGCAUUUGUGAACGUGAAUGCCAGGAAACAUAAAUAUAAAAUAGCUUCUUUCGCUGCUGUGGUCGUGGGAGUUUUAGUUCCAAUUGUAGUAUUGGUCGGAUGACAGACAAAAAUAUUUUCAAUGUUACCUUCACGCAAGUUGAGUAGUUCUGUUUUAGUAAUUUUUAUAUUUUAUCGUUUAUUAAUAACAAUGAUUACAUGUGUAAUAGAAUUAAAGAGGAAUUUUAUAAAAAUAUAUACUCUUUCGAA